AUGGCAGAGAGAGCGGAUUGGAGUGGUGCCAAUUUGAGGCAUUUCAUUGAUAUUUGCAAAGGAGAGAUCGAGGCUGGGUUCAAUAGAGCCAGUUGGGAAAAACUUGUAGACAAAUUUGAGGAAAAAAACAGAAAGGAAUAUACAUGGUUUAUGGAGUUGAAAAAUGCUGCCACUGGACUUGGAUGGGAUGAUGCAAAGCAAACAGUUGACUGCGCUAAAGAAUGGUGGGAUGAACACCUUGCUAGAUGCAACAAUCCUGAGAAGGGGAUCAAAUGCAAUCAUAUGAGGUUCCAAAAACAUGGACCAAAGCACCUUGAUGAUUUGCACAUUAUGUUCGGUAAGAUUCAUGUUAGUGGGACCACUGCAAUUUGUCCUGGGGACAUAUUAUCGGAUGAAUCAAGUAAUGAUGAUGAUGUGACCAAAGUGACAAAAACUUCAGAUGCCGAGGAUUAA